AUGUCGUUUUUACAUGUACAUUCGUGUGAGUGUGCUAAAACUGAGUUAGAAUUAUUUACUCUACCGCCGACCCAAACAAAAAUUGAAAGUUCCCAAUGGGUUCAUUAUAAACCAAUUUCAUCAUUGACUGAUAACUCGCCGAUAGAAUUUGUUGUUCAAGGACAAGGGGAUGAAUACAUUGAUUUAGCACAUACGAUGCUAAGGUUAUGCGUGGGUAUUACCAGAAGAAGCCCUGUGACAGCUAGCGCUCACCCUCCUAAAGUAGCACCUAUAAACAAUUUUAUGCAUUCAAUAUUCAGUCAAGUUGAUGUGUUAUUCAAUCAAAAACCUGUAUCAACACCUAAUAAUUUAUAUCCGUACCGGGCAUAUAUAGAAACUUUAUUGAACUACGGAGCAGAUGCCAAAAAAUCGCAUUUAACUACUGUAGGGUGGUGCUGUGAUACCCCUGGAAAAAUGGAUAGUUUAACCGACGAGAGUUUAGGCUUGAAAAAACGUAAAGAAUUAUUAACGUGUGAUAAAACAGCAGAUUUUAUUGGUCAUCUACAUUGUGACGUUUUCAAUCAAGAAAGAUUUUUAAUCAACGGUGUAGAAAUGCGAUUACGAUUAACAUGUGCACGUGAUGCUUUUUGUCUAAUGGAUGACACAGUAAACGGUUGUGUAUACAAUAUUAGUGACGCUAGUUUAUUAGCGCGUCGUGCAAAAAUUUCACCAGGAACACUUUUAGCACACGCCCGUAUGUUAGCUAAAACUACUGCUAAAUAUCCACUGACCAGAGUUGAGGUUAAAGCUGUUUCAAUGGCAGCUGGUGUACAUGGCGAGACUAUGGCCAAAUACCUAGACGUUAAAUCAUCGUUUUUGUUGAUAAUAAAGCAUUUAACGGCGAUGCUUCGAUGA